CUGCAAUUAGAAUGUCUUAUCUUCUCAAGGUGGACAAUGCAAUCAAGACAAAGGUCGAUGCUUUUAGAGAACGAAUUACUGGUGAAAAAAUGUAUGUUAACACCUCCCCUGACUGGCUCUACAGUGGAAUGUCAGUCUGUACUCUCCCGCUUUACUACACCCAGAUGUGCAAAGCUUGACAACUUGGCCGGGAUCCUACCAGAGAUUGCUGAGACCAAGCAAAAUAGUGAACUUGCAAGGCGCUACCAACUCCUCUAUGUGCAGCAAGGCAGAGGACUUGGUUGCAAAUUUCUUUCCAAAUAAAUUAUUGGAACUAGAUCAUUUUCUAAAGGAGCCUAUCUUAAAUAUUGUGGAAUUAAAAGAUAUCCAUUCAGAAAUAAACUUGACGGUGCCAGACCCAAUCUUCCUCACAAACAGUCAUGAUGCAUUGGAACCUCAAAAUGCAAAAAAGAGAAAGCUGAAUGAUGAUGCAGGUGAGGAAAAUUGUCAAGUGGCAGGUACCAAGGUAUUUGUGAUGCCCAAUGGGAUGAUGAGGAGUAACAAGCAGCUGGUGGACCUUAUAGAAAAAGUGAAGCCAGAGAUCAGGACCCUUAUAGAAAAAUGCAAUACAGUUAAAAUGUGGGUUCAGCUGUUAAUUCCAAGAAUAGAAGAUGGCAACAACUUUGGUGUAUCUAUUCAGGAAGAGACUGUAGCGGAGCUCCGAACAGUUGAGGGGGAGGCGGCUUCCUACCUGGACCAGAUUUCAAGAUACUACAUCACAAGAGCAAAACUAGUGUCCAAAAUAGCUAAAUAUCCACACGUGGAGGACUACCGGCGCACAGUGACAGAAAUUGAUGAGAAAGAGUACAUCAGCCUGAAAAUUAUAGUGUCUGAGCUGAGGAAUCAAUAUGUAACAUUGCAUGACAUGAUUCUCAAAAAUAUUGAAAAGAUCAAGAGACCCAGAAACAGCAACGCAGAGACCCUUUAUUAGGAAAUAAUUAUUAAGAAAUCCCAGUACUGUUAUCGUAGCUAAAGACCAUGGUUGCCUUGGGUUUGUGUCCGAGCAAAUGGACUGUCAAGAUGGGAAUAACUGGCUGGAAUUGUAAAGCACACGAUACUUCAAGCUUUUAUGUUAGUAUUAAAAAAAUAAACAUCUUUUGUUAUGUUUUUGUGAUGUGUUGCAAUUUUAAACCUCAGGUAUGCUUUCUUGAAAGUGCUUACUUCAUAAAGAAUGUCUUCUGCAAAACAAGAUAAGAACCAUUAGUGUGCUGCAUGUUAAGUAAAGACUGUCUCUCGCUCUCUCACUAUCACUCUCUCUCUCUCUCUCUCUGUAAAAGGUCUUGAGUUACAAUUACACUUUGUUAUAGUACUUGUAAUUUAGAGAUUGGGACUAAUUGUGUCCUGAAGUGGACCAAUUUUUCAAACUCUUUCAAAUUAUUUCAUUACUUUUAGAUUUCUUUAAAAUCCUGCUUUAAAAAAAAAAGCAUAUUUUGAAAAAUGAUAUUGCAAUACCUUUACUUGGUUUUAGUGCUGUUGCAAUUUUAUUUAUCUCAAAAGACUUUGUUCCAGAGAGAAAAGGUUUGUGUCGAAGGAAAAUAAUUAGCUGUGUAACACUUGUUACAUAUGCAUUUACAUUGUGUAGUUUUACAAAACGUUUUAGUAUUGUGUAACUAAUAAAUUGUGUACAGCACAUUUAAAAUGGGGUGCCACCCCUUUGCAUUAUUUUUAACUUAUCAAAAUAUUUGUUAUAGUUUUGCAGGCAACAUUGUUUUCUAACAAUGCAGAUAACUGCAUCUUUUUCUUUUUUUUUUGCUGGAAAGUCUAUAGAUGCAGUCAGAAAAGUAACACAGUACUGUACACUUAAGUUUGACUGACCCCUCCCAGUUCUUUUAUUUUAUUUUAACAUUUCAGUUAGGUUUUUAUCUGGUUCGUUCUUCUAUUUUUGAUAUUGAGUUUUCAAUCGCUGUAUUGAGAGAAACAUACAAAUAAAAAAUGUUCAUUUGGGUCAAAUCCAUUUACCCUGCCACAACACUGAAAAUUCACUUCCAUUUAGAACUGAAGAUGUAAGGUUUCACCUGCAGUUUUUAAUUUUGCUCAAUUUAUCAGAUUUUGACAUCCUAAUUUUUAGGGCCUUUUAAAUUUGGUGCAACAGAACUCUGAACCACUCUAAUGUAUUGUAAAACUGAAAAAGUAUCCUAUUGAAGCUAUCUUGUUUUGCAUGGGGUGUUUUUUUUUUUUUUUUUUUUUUUUUUUUUUUUUAAAUGUGGCGUCAAUUUCAUGACCCAGUGACAAGCAAAGAUUUAUUUUUAAUAGUAUUAUUUACUUUUUAACACGAUAUUGUGAUUCAAUCCAGUACUUUUAAUUUUGCUGCAAGAAUGGAUUUAUAAAUGUACCUACGAUUGUUACUUUAGAUUUGUUAUCGUUUUUUGAGAUUGCUUGGUCUUCCACUUUCCAUUGCAGUAUUAUGACUGGUAACAAAGUUGUUUUGUUUUUUAAAGACUGCAAUUCAAAGUUUGACCUCUUUAUUGUUGAAAUUAAGCUAUAUUGGUUACAUUUGGAAGAAAUGGAGUGAACAAAACUUUAAUUGGGGGCUU